AUGUCUGAUCGAGACGAGCGGAGCAUGUCAAUUGUUCCAUACGCCUCCAGUCGUGACGUCGUUCUUCGUCAUAAUGAUGCAGUGGUAGUCUUCGACCGUGCCUCCAAGCAGCUAGUCCUCCAGAGCGCCGAUAAUGCACCAACGAACAUAGAACCGCCAGAAUGUCCCUACUGUCACCAGCGGCUGCGAGAUGGAAACCACACUAACAGAGAACGAGGGCACACUCCAGCUGCUCAGCAUGGGUUCGUUAACCCUGAGUAUUUUCGUAUGCUUGAUGCGACGCUACCAGGCACCUCCGAACGAUCUGGACCCCCGUCUCCCCGAAGGCGAUUAGUACAACCGAUACCGCUCGAGGGUUCACCCCUAGGCUCUUCGUACAGUGAUGAUACCACAGCUCCGGCGUCUCCUGGCAUCUCUUCCACCGCAUUCAGUCAGGGAUAUUUUAAGCGGUUUUUUGUCGAAGAAGGCGUGCUCGGUAGAGGCGGAAAGGGUGUUGUACUACUCGUUAAGCACGUCCUCGAUGGUGUUCCACUGGGCCAAUUUGCCUGCAAACGUGUUCCAGUAGGAGAUGACCAUGAGUGGCUAAAGAAGGUAUUAAUUGAAGUUCAGCUGCUCCAGGGUCUGUCGCAUCAAAACUUGGUGCCAUACCGGCAUGUGUGGCUUGAAAAUGCGAAACUGAGCAAUUUUGGUCCAAGCGUGCCAUGUGCCUUUAUAUUACAGCAGUACUGCAACGCCGGAGAUUUGCAAAAGUAUGUCUGCGGCUCGGUUCAGUCGGCCGUAACCCCACAGCAACUGAAAGAGCGCUUGCGCCGAAGAUCCAAAGGUGAGCCCGAAGUCCCUAGCUUCGGCGGUCCGGUCAAGCUUCAGUUUGAGGAGAUCUAUUCUUUUUUCAGGGACAUAACUUCAGGCCUGAAGUACCUACAUGAAAAUGGUUACAUUCAUCGUGAUUUGAAACCGAGCAACUGCCUACUCCAUGAAACUGGGCGCGAGCUCCGAGUUUUGGUCAGUGAUUUUGGGGAAGUCCAGUCGGAAAACACUAUUCGAAAUUCUACUGGCAGUACAGGAACCAUUUCCUACUGCGCACCCGAAGUGCUACGACGUCUCUCCCCCAAUGGUCCUUUUGGAAAUUUCACGUUCAAAUCUGACGUGUUUUCUCUGGGGAUGAUUCUCUACUUUCUUUGUUUUGCAGAACUUCCUUAUCGGAAUGCCGAUGUCAUUGAUGAAGACAAAGAGGACUUAGAUGAAUUGCGCACUGAAAUAAGCCAGUGGGCUGGAUUUGAUGACGCAAGACGCCUUAGACCAGAACUCCCGGAAAAGCUUUAUAGCUUUUUGAAAAGGAUGCUUUCCGUUGACCCUAAUGAACGCCCAACCGCUGCAGAUGUUUUAAGUGGAAUACAAACUGGUGUAGGUGCUUCCGAUAGCCACAGGUACCAUAGAAACGGCCGUUCGGCAGAAAGACGUUCGAAAUCACUUGCCCUCCCCGUUGAAUCGCCGAACGCUGCAUCAGAAAUGCGAAGUCCGAGUAAUGGACUAGGUACCGGAAUCACCCCAAGCCGUCACGCGCAUGGCUACGGAACCAACAAAACAAUCGACAUUAGACGCACCUCUGAACCAAUUCCCGAAAUGGGAGAAGAGAUCCGGCCAUCCGAAAAUACCCUACUCAUCCACUCUCCUACGGACGCCGAUCAUUCCAUUCUACAUCCAGACCACCAGCGGAUACCUGCAGCUAACCAUCUCCUCAUGCCCCCUCCACGACGAUUUUCUUUUUAUAGUCUCAUUAGACACCGAAUAAAUGGCCAUUAUGUUGCCAUCACACUUGCUUUCCUCAAAAUCCUCUCUAUCACCCGGCCUUGUUCACCUCUGGCAGUGAACACUUGGAUAUUUUACCCACUUCUUCUUCUUACUAUAUCAGAUUUAGGGACCACCAGGACCUGGAUUCAUGUUUCAACUUUGGUGAUACAUUUGAUCGUUACCGCUUUUGCUUUGCGUUUGGACUUUUUUUGUCUUAGAGCGAGUAAGUUUCAACACUUCCCACUAAACCUAUGAUGACCUAACGGGGGUUGAUGUUGGCUUGUAAGUUCGAUAAAGAGAGGCCCUGAUUUUGCUUAUGAUUUUUACGAAUGUUUGUAGCUAUGAUGUAUUGUAACAAAAUUAA